GAAACAAAGAAACAAUUUUCAGAGAGAAAAACACGAUUAAUAAAAAGGAAAGCAGAGAGAGAAAGUUUGUAAUUGCAGACAGACAAACAGCCAGAGAAGACUGAGAUAGAGAGAGAGAGAGAGUCUCACAUACUCACAUGGCAUGUGAGCAAACCUGGCUCUGUCCACUCCUUCCCACUUUGAUAAAUACCCUUCUUACCUUCCUUACUCAAACUUUUGACUCCCUUCUCUAUCCUCUUUUUUCUUCCUCUCUCUACUCUACUACAAACCCAGCUGAGGGAUAGCUUCUUCUUCUUCUUCUUCUUCUUCUAAGAGCUUCUUCUCUAAUGGCAGACCUCAGCACCUAAAACCAAAACCCAUCUCUUCUUUAGCACCACCUCUACAGUGAAAACAAAUAAAAAUGAAACCCCACAAACCCAUUUCACACCACCACUUCUUUCUUCUUCUUCUUCUUCUCUUCUUGCUCUCUGCAACUCCCUCUUCUUCUUCUUCUUCAUCAGCUUACAAAGACGCCCAGCAACUCCUGAGCUUCAAAAACUCUCUUCCGAAACCUACCCUUCUCUCCAAUUGGCUCCCUGACCAAAACCCAUGUCUGUUUUCCGGCGUUUUCUGCAAACAAACCCGGGUUUCCUCCAUAGACCUGAGCUCCGUCCCCUUGUCCACAAACCUCACAAUUAUCUCCACUUUCUUGAUGACCAUUGAUUCUCUACAAUCACUCACUCUGAAAUCUACCAGCCUCACCGGCCCCAUUUCUUUUCCGGCUAAAUCCAAGUGCAGCCCUCUCCUCACUUACAUAGAUCUAGCUCAGAACAGCUUGUCCGGCCCAAUUUCCGGUAUUCCCAACUUGGCUUCCUGCUCGAGCUUGAACUCUCUUAACCUCUCCACCAACCUCCUCGAGUUCAAUGCCAAGGACUCGGCCACGUUCGGACUCUCCCUCCAGGUCCUCGACCUCUCCUUCAACAAGAUUGCCGGCCCCGCCGUGCCGUGGAUCGUAUCCGACGGCUGCAGCGAGCUUGUAAAACUAGUUCUCAAGGGGAACAAGAUCACCGGCGACAUGAGUGUCUCUGGGUGCAAGAAGCUCGAGACUCUCGACUUCUCCUCCAACAAUUUCACCGUGGAGAUUCCGUCUUUCGGGGACUGUUUGGUUCUGGACCAUCUCGACAUCUCCGGCAACAAAUUCUCCGGCGACGUCGCGCAUGCUCUCUCUUCCUGCAAGCAGCUGACGUUUCUGAACCUCUCCAGAAACCAUUUCUCCGGUCCUAUUCCGGCCAUUCCCACCCAGAAUCUUCAGUUUCUUUCCCUCUCCGGCAACGAGUUCAAAGGUGCAAUUCCACCCAGCUUGCUCAGUUCGUGUGAGUCGCUAGUGGAGCUGGAUCUUUCCAUGAAUAAUCUCACGGGCACCGUUCCCGAUGCAUUGAGCUCUUGCGCUUCCUUGGAGUCUCUCGACAUAUCCAACAACUUCUUCACCGGUGAGUUGCCCAUCGAAACUCUGUUGAAGCUCAGCAACCUAAAGAGUGUGUCUCUUUCUCUCAACGGUUUCUUUGGUACGCUGCCUCGCUCUCUCUCCGAACUUUCAUAUCUGGACAGCUUGGAUCUGAGCUCGAACAAUUUCACUGGCUCCAUUCCGAGUUGGCUUUGCGAAGAUCCCAGGAACAGCUGGAAGGAGCUGUACCUCCAGAACAAUAAGUUCGGUGGUACUAUUCCUCCAGCUCUCAGCAACUGUACUCAGCUCGUUGCUCUUGAUUUGAGCUUCAAUUACCUCACUGGUACCAUCCCUGCCAGCUUGGGGUCUUUGUCUAAGCUUCGCGAUUUGAUCAUUUGGUUGAAUCAGCUUAGCGGGGAAAUUCCCCAGGAGCUCAUGAAUCUUGGGUUGCUGGAGAAUCUUAUCCUGGACUUCAAUGAGCUGACCGGGACGAUUCCUGUGGGGCUGAGUAACUGCACCAAUUUGAGCUGGAUUUCGUUGGCGAAUAACAAGUUGAGUGGUGAGAUUCCGGCGUGGAUUGGCAAGCUUCCGAAGCUGGCGAUACUGAAGCUGAGUAACAACUCAUUCUAUGGGAACAUUCCCCCGGAGCUGGGGGACUGUAAGAGCUUGAUAUGGUUGGAUCUCAAUACUAACUUGUUGAAUGGUACAAUCCCUCCUGGGCUUUUCAAGCAGUCUGGCAACAUUGCGGUGAAUUUUGUUGCUUCCAAGACGUAUGUGUAUAUCAAGAAUGAUGGAAGCAAGGAGUGCCAUGGAGCAGGGAAUUUGCUGGAGUUUGCGGGGAUAAGACAAGAGCAAUUGACCAGGAUUUCGACGAGGAACCCCUGCAACUUCACUAGAGUGUAUAGAGGUAUUCUCCAACCAACAUUUAAUGACAAUGGGACGAUGAUUUUUCUUGAUAUCUCACACAAUAGGUUAUCGGGUAGCAUUCCGAAAGAGAUUGGGAGUAUGUACUAUCUCUAUAUUCUGAAUCUGGGCCAUAACAAUAUAUCUGGAGCAAUCCCACUAGAGCUUGGGAAAUUGAAGGACCUCAACAUUCUUGAUCUCUCUAGCAACAGCCUUGAUGGAAGUAUUCCUCAGUCUUUGGUUAGCCUUUCCAUGCUGAUGGAGAUCGAUUUGUCAAACAAUCAUCUGUCUGGAAUGAUUCCAGAUUCAGGCCAGUUUGAGACAUUCCCUGCUUACAGAUUUAUGAACAAUUCAGGCCUUUGUGGCUACCCUUUGAAUUCCUGUGGAGAUGCUUCUGGGGCAAAUGGAAAUGGGCACCAGAAAUCUCAUCGACAAGCGUCCCUGGCAGGCAGUGUGGCAAUGGGGCUACUGUUUUCCCUUUUCUGCAUCUUUGGUUUGCUUAUUGUUGCAAUUGAAACCAAGAAAAGGCGAAAAAAGAAGGAUUCAGGUCUGGACGUUUAUGUGGACAGUCGUUCCCACUCCGGUACUGCCUGGAAGCUAACGGGUGCCCGAGAAGCAUUAAGCAUCAACCUCUCCACAUUUGAGAAGCCACUUCAAAAGCUCACUUUUGCAGAUCUUCUUGAGGCUACCAAUGGUUUCCACAAUGACAGUCUUAUAGGCUCUGGUGGUUUUGGUGAUGUAUACAAGGCCCAAUUGAAGGAUGGCAGCAUUGUUGCCAUCAAGAAGUUGAUACAUAUCAGCGGGCAAGGUGAUCGUGAAUUCACUGCUGAAAUGGAAACUAUCGGGAAGAUCAAGCACCGAAACCUUGUUCCCCUCCUUGGAUACUGCAAAGUAGGAGAAGAACGGCUUUUAGUUUACGAGUACAUGAAGUAUGGAAGCUUAGAUGAUGUUUUACAUGACCAGAAGAAAGGUAUCAAGCUGAGUUGGUCUGCAAGGAGGAAGAUUGCGAUUGGAUCUGCGAGAGGACUGGCCUUUCUUCACCACAAUUGCAUUCCUCACAUCAUUCAUAGGGACAUGAAAUCGAGCAACGUCCUGCUCGAUGAGAAUCUAGAAGCCAGAGUCUCCGAUUUUGGAAUGGCAAGGCUUAUGAGUGCAAUGGACACUCAUUUGAGUGUGAGCACCCUGGCAGGCACACCUGGUUAUGUUCCUCCAGAAUACUACCAGAGUUUCAGAUGUUCUACAAAAGGCGAUGUUUAUAGUUAUGGUGUAGUAUUGCUCGAGCUGCUAACAGGAAGACGUCCUACAGAUUCAGCUGAUUUUGGUGACAAUAAUCUUGUUGGUUGGGUGAAGCAACAUGCUAAAUUAAAAAUAAGUGAUGUUUUUGAUCCAGAGCUCAUGAAAGAGGACCCAACCCUUGAGAUUGAGCUGUUACAGCACUUAAAGGUGGCUUGCGCUUGUUUGGAUGAUAGGCCAUGGCGCCGCCCUACGAUGAUUCAAGUCAUGGCGCAGUUCAAGGAAAUCCAAGCAGGACCCGGGAUGGACUCCCAAUCAACCAUAGCCACCGACGAUGGAGGUUUUGGUGCAGUUGAAAUGGUUGAGAUGAGCAUAAAAGAAGACCCUGAACCGGGCAAGCAGUAGCUUCAAAGCUUGAACCAAUUUUCAAGUGAAUUCGUUGGAAGAAAGAAGAAACAAGAAGGUGGGGAUGAUGAUGAUGCUAUAAGCUUCCCCAAAAAUUUUCCCUCUUCUUUCCAACUUCAAAUGCUGUGGAGCUGCCACUGUAUCUGUACCAUUUAAUGUAUGUAAUCAUUUCAUUUUAUACAUAGAAGGUUGUUUAACUUGGUAUAAAUGUGUAUAUAAACAGCUUCAGUUGCUUUAUGCUUUAAA